UUGGGGGCCGAGGGACACCCCCACGAAGGCUAAGCCUGCCCCUGCCCCCGUCUCGCUGGCCAGGCCCAAGGGACAGAAGGUCAAGGCAGAGCGCAAGGAGCUGGGGAAGCAGCAGGAGCCGACCCAGGCCGAGCUGGAGCAGUUUGCGGCUGAGUACGUGAAUAACUUGGUGAGGGAGACAGCGCAGCAGCUGCAGGCAGAGGUGAGGCCCGGGGGCAGCGCUCCCAGCCCCCGCUGGCUAGGGAGGGUCCUGGCGGGGUCCCGGCAGUGUCCCCUGGCUGGAUGGGGCCAUGGAGCCUCCACGGCACCUGGGCUUGUGGGCGGCAUCCAGCCCGGCUCAGAGCUGAUUCCUCCUCCCCUGCCAGCAGCCGGACGAGCCGAAGGUGACGGCGCAGAGCGGGGGACACGAGCACGCAGGGUGCCACUUCUGCAGCCCGGACACCAGGGUGCUGCUGGGGAAGCUCCUCCAGCGCUGCAAGAAGCUCGAGGAGCAGAUGGAGUCCCUGGCCCAGAAGGCGGGCGGCAAGGUGGACAAUUAUCCAAAGUGGAGGAGACAGUCCCUGCAGCAGGACGAGCAGAUCAAGUGCCUCCAGGCCAGCAUCAUGCAGCUCCAAAAGGACUAUGAGAAGUUCAGCUCGGCCCUUGCAAACCUCCAGCAGGAUCGUCAGCAGGAGCAGAAUGACAUCAAGGCUCUGUCCCAGGCCCUGGAGAGAAUCAAGAAGCAGAAAGCAGACAAGGAGGAGCUGCUGGUGCUGGGAAUCGAUGAGAAAGCAGACAAAGACAAAGUCAGUCGCAGCCAGUUUGAGGCGUGCGUGGAGCAGCUGAACAAGGUGAUGGAGGAGGUGACGGGCCAGGAGAAGUUCUUGCACCGGUUCCAGCAAGAGCUCCAGAGGCAGAUGGACUGCAAGCUGGACCGCCGGGAGCUGGGGGCAUUCCAGCAGCAGCAGGAGGAGCGGUGGAAGAGUCUCAGCGGGCAGCUCCAGGAGAAGGCGCUGAAGCCAGAGCGUGACAAUGCCGCUGGGAUUAGGAAGUGAGUGCGAUGGGGACAGUGGUGGCUUUGGCAGUGCUGGCCCUGUUCCUGCUGGCUGUCCCGGCUCGUGCCGGUGUGGUACCUGGCGUGGGAGCCAUGUGGGCAGCGCCCCUGGGGAUGCUGAGCAAGUGGCUGUGCCUUGUGCUCCUGCCAGCUGCAGCUUCGCAGCGAUAGAGGCGGCACAAUGAGGGGGCACGUGUGGGAGGAGCCCUCCUGAACCAGUCUUGGGGGGUGGGUGCAGAGGCUUUUUGUGGCUGGUGUGCAGGUGGGGCUGUGCCCCCCAGGAGCUCCCCAGCCCUUUUCUCCCCCCUCCAGGCAGCUGCUGCCUGGUUUCCAUUGCCUGUCCUGUGACCGGCCCCUCAACAUGCUGGCGCCUGGACCGGAGCGGACGGGCGAGUGCAGAUACCCCACUGUUCCGCGGAGCUGUGGGGGCCCACACACUGUCAGGCCCCCGCGCUUCCAGCCCCAACCGCCCAGCACCCCACGGCCAUCCCAACCCAGUGCCCGCCGCCCCAACAAGAAGGACGCGAUGCAUCUCUCGGGCCAGGACGGCACUGAUGGGAACCAACCGAACAAGCAGCCGUCUGUAACGGAGAGCUCUGGGCUGCCCUCAAGGCAAAGGGGGACGCCAGACACCACAACCUCGAGCAGCCAGCCAAGCACCGCCUCCCCGCUGCUGUUAGCCGUGCUGAAGUGCCAACCAGCCUCAUCUCCCGGACGCCUCACCCAGGCACCGAAGCUGCUGCCAC